GUUCCAGCAGGCGUUACACAGACAGCCUAACACAGCAGCACAGUACCUGCAGCAGAUGUAUGCUGCUCAGCAGCAGCACCUGAUGUUACAGACCGCGGCCCUCCAGCAGCAGCACAACCUUAGCACCGCUCAGCUCCAGAGCCUGCAGGCCAGUCUCGCAGCUGGCCGGCAAAGCUCCUCACAGAACGGCACUUCAUCCCAGCAAACCGGAUCGACUCAGGCUACGAUCAACCUGACCACCUCCCCGGCAGCAGCUCAGCUGAUCAGCCGGGCCCAGAGCAUUAGUUCCACCCCCAGCAGUAUUUCCCAGCAGGCUGUUCUGCUGGGCAGCCCAUCUAGCACCACGCUCACGGCCAGCCAGGCACAGAUGUACCUGCGCGCACAGAUGGCCCAGCAGAGUAAUCUGGUGCAGGUGGCCCGGAGCCUGGGCCGGGCUGUUCCUCUGUCCCCGCAGCUCAUCUUUACUCCAACGGCCACAGUGACUGCUGUCCAGUCGGAGAGCUCCACGCAGGCCUCCUUACAGAAUCAGGUCCAGAACCUUGUCAUCCGUGGCCAGCAGGGGGCAGCCACCUCCUCCUCUCAGACUCAGACCCUGCAGGCUCUCAGUCUGAAGCAGAGCCCUGUGCCCAUCCAGCCCGCCUCACUGAUCAAGAAUCCCAGCCAAGUAACGCAGGCGUCCACAGGAGGAAAGGCGGUCUCCUUCGACAGUUCAUCUGAAGCAGGGAAGAAGGGGGACAGCGCAGCAGUCACAGAAGUCCGAGCUAUAAACAUGAGCCGCAGUGUCACAGCUGUCAGUGCUCAGUCCCUGAUUGUUCCAGCAUACACGCAAAUUCAGCCCCACUCCCUGGUUCAGCAGCACAAGCAGCAGCAGCAGUUUGUGGUCCAUCAAAGUCAAGGUUCCCAGAGGACCGCGGGCCAGCUGCUGCAGACGGCCUCCAUUCAACCAUCACAGCACCCUGUCCCUGUUCUGCCCAAACCUGCUCCACACCAGCCCUCCAUGCCCAGCCAGCAGGCCACCAUCUUCCACUCCACCAUCAGCCCCCACGCCCUCCACUCUUCUCUCAACCAUGCCAAAGCUCAGCCCGUCCAACUCACGGCCAUCAACCUUCAAAUACAGCCGACGGCUUCUCGACUGGUUCAGGACAGUAAAGAUAAGCCAACCUCUCUGGUCGUCAGAGAGACAUGUCCAACCCCUGCCACACAGCAACAGCAACAACAGCAACAACAACAGCAACAGCAGCAACAACAGCAACAGCAACAAAAACAACAACAGCUGCAGCAACAACAACAACAACAGCAUCAACAACAACAACAGCUGCAGCAACAACAGCAGCAGCAGCAGCAGCAACAACUACAGCAGCAGCAGCAACAGCAACAACUACAGCAGCAGCAGCAGCAGCAACAGCAACCUGCUCCUUCGCCAUCACAACCCACUAAACCUGUAGAGCAGCCCAAGGUUGCCCCAGCCACCCCAGCUGUUCAUCCACAAGCAGGAAGGGGCUCAGCCAAGAGGCCGAGUGCUGCACCUGGGACCCCACCUCCAGCCAUGACCUCAGGAAAUGAGAACGAGGCACCCACUGUGACGGGCAGCACGCCGCAGAACGGAGAGAACAAACCGCCCCAGGCCAUCGUCAAGCCCCAGGUCCUCACACAUGUCAUCGAGGGCUUUGUCAUCCAGGAGGGAGCGGAGCCAUUCCCUGUGUGUGUGGAGCGUCUGCCCAUUCUUAUCGACAGCCCAAGGAAGCUGGAUCAUCAGCUCUCCUCAGACCCCGACAAAACCCCCGUCAGCAACGCAGCAAACACCGACUCUGAGCCUGAGGACCUGAACCAGUCAGAAAAAGAGCAAGAACCCAAGUUGACAUGUGAAUACUGUGGCUGGGUCGACUUUGCUUACACGUUCAAAGGCUCUAAGAGAUUCUGCUCCAUGGUUUGUGCAAAGAGGUACAACGUGGGCUGUACAAAGCGGAUAGGCCUUUUCCAUCCAGAGAGGAGUAAACCGACCAAUCGCUGGCGUAGAAGAUCUCAAGGCCGCUCUAGUAUAGAGGCAAAGAAGCAGAAACUGUCCCCCUCACCGAAGCAGACUCAGGGCGGGUCUGUAUCCUCACCGCAUCCCUCCCAGCCCAGUCAGGAGGAGUCCAGCCCGUGUUCGGACAUGUCCAGCUAUGAGGAGCCAGCAUCUCCCCUUUCGGCAGCCAGCUCUGGAUCCCUUGCCCCUGCUCCGGCCCCAGCUCAGGUUCCCGUCCACCGGCAUCCGAGCAGGGCUUCGGACCAGGAGAGCUGUGCUGUUAGAGAUGCACCUUCCCUCGGUCAACGCUUCUUACCCAACGACCCCACCAAGUGGAAUGUGGAAGAAGUUUACGAGUUCAUUCGUUCAUUGCCAGGUUGUCAGGAGAUAGCCGACGAGUUUCGCUCUCAGGAGAUUGAUGGACAGGCCUUGCUACUGUUAAAGGAGGACCACCUCAUGAGCACCAUGAACAUUAAACUGGGACCCGCACUCAAAAUCUUCGCACGCAUCAACUUGCUCAAAGAUUCUUAGCAGUACAUUGGUGUGUGUGUGUGUGUGUGUGUGUGUGUGUGUGUGUGUGUGUGUGUGUGUGUGUGUGUGUGUGUGUGUGUGUGUGUGUGUGUGUGUGUGUGUGUGUGUGUGUGUGUGUGUGUGUGUGUGUGUGUGUGUGUGUGUGUGUGUGUGUGUGUGUGUGUGUGUGUGUGUGUGUGUGUGUGUGUGUGUGUGUGUGUGUGAGAAGAGCAGUGUAAAACUAAAUGAUAACAGACUGACUGCACUAUGACCUUUCCUUCUUUCUACUACUGAACUGGUUCCCUAAAAUCUUACUUUAGCUUGCUCUCAUAUCCACUUGCAUCUGCUCAAUAA